CUUGACGGUCGCCGUCCAUUCGACUACCACAAUCUCAUCAUCACCUUCGGCAAGGAGGAUGGCUCGACGGAGGUGCAGCUGGGCCAAACCCAUGUCAUGGGAUUUGUCACGGGCCAGCUGGUUCAGCCCUACCGUGACCACUCCAACGAGGGCUCGCUUUCCAUCUUCACCGAGUUCUCCCCCAUGGCUGACCCUUCCUUCGAGCUUGGCCGACCCAGCUCGGCUGCUGUUGAGCUCGGCUGCGUUAUAGACCGUGGCCUAAGAGAAAGCAGGGCUGUUGACACUGAAUCGCUUUGUGUUCUUCCAGGGAAAUUGGUUUGGGUCAUCCGUAUUGACCUCCAUAUUCUAGAUAAUGGAGGAAACCUUGUGGAUACUGCAAAUAUUGCUGCUUUGGCUGCUCUCAUGACGUUUCGGAGGCCUGAAUGCUCAUUUGGAUAUUUGUAUGUGGGUUUUGCUGUUAAUUGAUUUGGGUUUACCUUGAAGUUUCUAUGUUCUGUUUUCAAUAGGGAUAGUCAAUAAUAUUUCUUAUUGUAUCAUUAAUACUUGGUUUGUUGUGACCAAAAUUUUUUCUAAUUAUCAUCUUAACACUAAGUUGAAAUUUACUAUGUUUCCUUUCCAUUAUCCUAAUCAAUGUUCACCACUUUUUUUUUUAAUAAUUUUUUUGGUCUCUUUAGGUAGAGAAUGUAUAGGAUUAAGAGUGUAUGGGUUCUGAGAAAAGUUACCCGUUUAAUGGGUGGAGAAUGUACAUGCUUGUUAUUAGUAAAAUUACAGUUAGACAUCUCUUAGAAGCUAGUUUUGGUACAUGUCAUUGCUUAUUACACUGUUUCCCUUAGUUUGUCCAGGCAUUAAGAACCCAACAACAGCCACCCAUCAAUCCCUCCCUCUACACUUUUACUGUUCAUCUCUUCAAUGAUCCGUUCAUUGGCCGUCCAUUUCUCCAACACCACCCCUCUCUCAGUCUCGUCCUCUAUUUCUCU